AUGCAAUUUGAGGGUAAAGUUGGCGGGUGGACACCUAUUGCUGUUGCUGUUGAUCCUUCCCCUUCCACAUGGCACGGUGAGGAUGAGUCAACCAUUGGAAUCUCUCUUUACAUUUGUGGAAAGUACCUUCCACCUUAUCAGAGAUGUCGCCAUGUUGGGGUCUUUGGCACCGAAGCCUUUGCUUUUGCCUUCCUCUUCCCCUUACCUGUCAAGGCAAUAGAUUUGACAUUGACUCAUUCUACAAUCUGCCAGAACACAGGUAGCAAAAAUAGUGGACACAAUGAGGAGCGGCCGCAGCGACUGACUGUACUUGUCAAGGCUGAGCCUUUGGCUGUGGUUGAUGUCAUUCACGUUUUGGAUAAAUGCGAAGUGGAUCCGGGGGAUGUCCUUGGGAACGACAAUCGUUCUGCAGCGCUUGGCCUUCACUGCUUGGCGGGGAUUGGGCUUCUUCAACAGCGAUGUGCCAGUCAAUGGCAGGCGCAGAACGCUCUCGCAAGACCUUUGGGCGAUGGAAAAACAAUAAUAUUGGCCGAUUCCUGCAACGUUCCACCUCAUCAACAGCAAUGCUACCCAUAUUCUCCAGACUGUAACAUCAGCGGCCUUAAGCGGACACGACGCCCUAGACCAGAUUCUUCUCCAUCACCAAACAUGGCCAUCCUCCUCCUUCCUGUCCCCAACGUCAACAGCCUGGGAGUAAUUGAUCGGUUUGCUAGGACCUGUAUCAAUAUCUUUGCCCCUACCAGAGUGGCCCUGAGAACCGUGUCAAACAAGGUCAACAAUCUCCCUACUCAUGUCCAGUUUGACGCGCUCUCCAUCAAGGUCGUUAACCUCUCACACCUUAAUUAG